AUGCAGGCCAAAAAACGCUACCUAUUCCUGCUCUCCACUGGUACGUGUCUCAUCCUGCUCUUUUGUCUGGGGGGCUUGCAAGUUCCCGUGUUGUCCAGGCGGGGUCACAGCAGGCGUGAUGACCGCAGCCUCUCGGGGUCUCAGCCGGGGCAGCGCUGGCGUCGCUUCUUGGGGCCUCUCCAGACGUUUAGCUCCUGGCAGCCAGAGCGCAGUGACGACUACAAUGGACAUAUGUCCCCAAGACAAAAAAGAGAAGCAAACUUGGGCGUUUACACAGACAAACGCUGCCGAAUGGACUCCUGCUUUGACUUCUCCCUCUGUAAAAAGAAUGGCUUCAAAGUGUAUGUAUACCCCGUUCAGAAAGGGGAGAAGAUGAAGUACAUGCUUGUUUUUAAAGGCAAGAGAUACUUGACUGGAAUAGGCUCAGACACUAGGAACGCUUUAUAUCAUGUCCACAACUCUGAGGAUGUGGUGCUGCUCACUACAUGUAAACAUGGAAAAGACUGGCAGAAGCACAAGGACGCCCGCUGUGACAAAGACAACGCAGAGUAUGACAAGUAUGACUACAGAGAGAUGCUGUACAACUCCACUUUUUGUCUUGUUCCAAGGGGACGGCGUUUGGGCUCUUUUCGAUUUUUAGAGGCUUUGCAGGCGGCAUGUGUGCCAGUUAUGCUAAGCAAUGGCUGGGAGUUACCCUUCUCGGAGAUCAUCGACUGGAACACAGCAGCUGUGUGGGGCGAUGAGAGGCUGCUACUACAGAUCCCUUCCACCGUGCGCUCCAUUCACCAGGAUAAGAUCCUCUCCUUGAGGCAGCAGACACAGUUCCUCUGGGAAGCAUACUUCAACUCUGUCGAAAAGAUUGUGCUCACCACGUUGGAGAUCAUUCAGGAUCGAGUGCUGCGGCAGACUUCAAGAAGUUCGCUAAUGUGGAACAGUCUGCCUGGAGGCCUCUUCACCCUGCCACAGUAUUCUACUGCCCUGAGAGACUUCCCCUUCUACUACGCUAAACUGGGUAUUAAGCCAUACCCAAAAUUUACAGCCAUCAUCCACGUUGUAACCCCACUGGUGUCGCAGUCUCAGCCGGUCAUGAAGCUCCUUACUGCUGUGGCCAAGUCUCAGUACUGUGCUCAGGUGAUUGUUCUUUGGAACUGUGACAAGCCUCUUCCUGCCAAACAGCGCUGGCCUGCCACUACUGUCCCUGUUAUUGUUAUCGAAGGGGAAAGCAAGGUGAUAAGCAGUCGUUUCCUCCCCUAUGACACCAUUCCCACUGAUGCGGUCCUCAGCCUGGAUGAAGACACUGUCCUCUCAACUACAGAGGUGGAUUUUGCCUUUAUCGUGUGGCAGAGUUUUCCAGAUCGCAUUGUUGGCUACCCAGCUCGCAGCCACUUCUGGGACGGCAAUAAAGAACGCUGGGGCUACACUUCCAAAUGGACAAACGACUACUCUAUGGUUCUGACUGGAGCUGCUAUCUAUCAUAAGUACUAUCACUACUUGUACACCUCAUAUCUACCGGCAAGUUUGAGAACCAUGGUUGACCAGAUGUCAAAUUGUGAGGAUAUUCUGAUGAAUUUUUUGGUAUCAUCAGUAACGAAGCUCCCACCGAUUAAAGUCACCCAAAAGAAACAAUAUAAAGAGACAAUGAUGGGACAGACUUCCCGUGCAUCUCGGUGGGCAGACCCGGACCACUUUGCCCAGCGUCAGACCUGCAUGAACAAGUUUGCCAGCUGGUUUGGCACAAUGCCGCUGGUCCACUCUCAGAUGAGGCUUGACCCGGGAAGAAACUGCGGGGAGAAAUCACAUAAUCUUUGGGGUUUCACUCAAACGGGGGUCUCACUGAUAACUUUGCCCCCAGUGAAGGAUAAACGUGGGCCGCUAGCCAAGAUCUGGCUGGCGGCCCAUUGGGACAAGAAGCUAACCAAGGCUCAUGUGUUUGAAUGCAACCUUGAAAGCAGUGUGGAGAGCAUCAUUUCACCCAAGGUAAAAAUGGCUUUGCGUACAUCAGGUCACUUACUCCUUGGAGUAGUGAGAAUCUACCACAGAAAAGCAAAGUACCUGCUGGCUGACUGUAAUGAAGCCUUUAUCAAGAUCAAGAUGGCUUUCAGGCCAGGUGUUGUGGAUUUACCUGAGGAAAAUCGAGAAGCGGCGUACAACGCCAUCACCUUACCUGAGGAGUUCCAUGACUUCGACCAACCUCUUCCUGACUUGGAUGACAUCGAUGUGGCUCAACAGUUCACUCUGAACCAGAGUAGAGUGGAAGAAAUCACUAUGAGGGAAGAUGUCGGAAAUCUCAACCUACUGCAGGACAAUGACUUUGCCGACUUUGGAAUGGAUGAGCGGGAGAUGAUGCGUGAUGCCAGCACAUUUGAGGAGGACAUUAUGCAUGGGGCCACAGCCUCAAACCUUCUUCUGGAAGCAGAGCCUGGACCUGCAAAUCUCCCUGAUAAAUCCAACCAUUUGGAGUAUGAUGACUUUGGGGAUGCCUCUUUGGGCAACAGUGAUGGUGGUAUGCUUGUUGAUAAACUGUUGAGCUCUGAAGAUGGAGGUGGCAUUUUUGAUGACCCUCCAGCGAUCACGGACAGUGUCAUGAUGCCCCCUGACCAUGGAGAUGAUGAAGAUGACUUUGAUAAUCUUCAGUCUCCGGGUCCAGACAGCCCAGACUCUGGUCCAGCAGAGCCUCUUCCAGCAAUGGCGGAUCAAACAGAACAGACCACUUUGGUUCAUAAUGAGGAAGAAGCUUUUGCAUUGGAGCCUAUUGACAUCACAGUUAAGGAGACCAAGGCUAAGCGCAAGAGAAAGCUGAUCGUGGACAGUGUGAAGGAGUUGGACAGUAAAACCAUCAGGGCUCAGUUAUCAGACUAUUCAGACAUUGUCACCACUCUUGAUCUUGCACCUCCCACAAAGAAACUUAUGAUGUGGAAGGAAACUGGAGGAGUUGAAAAACUCUUCUCUCUCCCUGCUCAGCCUCUCUGGAACGGCAGACUGCUCAAGAUGUUUACACGAUGCCUGACUCCUUUGGUGCCAGAUGAGCUGAGAAAGAGGAGGAAGGGUGGGGAAGCAGAUAGUCUGGAUGAGAUUCUUAAAGAACUGGAGAAUCCAGAGGUGCCCAGGGAAGAAGUUAUGGGUCAGCACAGGGAUGUCAUAGACCAAACUAUUAUGGAGGAGCCCAGCAUGUUGGCACACUCUGCAAUGGAGGGCAGCAGAACGACUUUAGAUGAGACUGCCAUGCCUCCUCCUUCCACUCCUCGUGGAGUUAAACGCAAGACUCUUGAAAAGGACGCACUGCCGAUGAGCUCUUUGGACCAGCAACAAGCUGAUCGCUCAAUGUUGUCCCAGAGGUUGGACAUGCCUCAGGUGGAUCUGCCCCCAGAGGAAAGCAGUGUCAACCUAACCCAGCUUGUUCCUGAGCUCGACCUUCUUGGGGAAAAGAGUAAAGACAAGAAGGAUGAUAGCGACGAAGAAGAGGAUGAGGAGGGUCAGGCUGGAGACCAAGACCAGGAGGAGAAAAGGUGGAACAAGAGGACACAACAGAUGCUUCAUGGUCUGCAGCGUGUCAUGGCAAAGACUGGAGCAGAGUCGGUCAGUCUGCUUGAAUUGUGCCGAAAUAACAACAAAAAACAGGCAGCUGCAAAGUUUUAUAGUUUUCUGGUUCUCAAGAAGCAACAAGCUAUUGAGGUCUCCCAAUCUCAGCCCUACAGUGACAUCAUCGCCACAGCUGGACCAAGAUUUCACAUUGUUUAA